GCAGCCGAGGUGGGGUUCCGAGACAGGCGUUCUAGUGGGAGGAAGAGGAAGAGGAAGCCGGAGGCGGGUCCUAGCGGGGCGUGAACCGGAAGUGCAAGCGUCCUGCUUCUCUCCAGCCAGGCGGAACCUGCUCUGCUGGGCCCCGCGGCUGCAAGAGAACUUUCUCUCUCCGCUACGGUCGCCGCGGCCCACGGUCUCGCCCGCCCGGCGGCCUGAGGCACGUCGUCUCCUCGCGUCCCCUCGUCGGGCGUACCCGCCACUUCUGCCCGCCCGCCGGCGCCCCCGCUGCAGUGAUGUGCGACAAGGAGUUCAUGUGGGCCCUGAAAAACGGAGACUUGGAUGAGGUGAAGGACUAUGUGGCCAAGGGAGAAGAUGUCAACCGGACACUAGAAGGUGGAAGGAAGCCUCUUCACUAUGCAGCAGAUUGUGGACAGCUUGAAAUCCUGGAAUUUCUGUUGCUGAAAGGAGCGGAUAUUAAUGCUCCAGAUAAACAUCAUAUUACCCCUCUUCUGUCUGCUGUCUAUGAGGGUCAUGUUUCCUGUGUGAAAUUGCUUCUGUCAAAGGGUGCUGAUAAGACUGUAAAAGGCCCAGAUGGACUGACUGCCCUUGAAGCCACUGACAACCAGGCAAUCAAAGCUCUUCUCCAGUGAUGGAUAGAAGGACUAAUAACAUGGGAAGAAUGACUCUCCUGUGGCCUCACAUUGCUGCCUGUCUGUCUGUCACUUUCUAUCUGCCAGCUUCUUCAGCUAAAUACUUUUAAGAGGAGUGAGAGGAGAGAGAAAUUCAUAACAAAUCAGACUACGGGGGGGAGGGGGGAUACAUGUUUUGGAGGAGCAGUGGGGAAUGUGAUCAGGCUUUUACUAGGAUUCCUGAUCAAACCAGCCUCUUUUCUGUUUCCAGCAAAAUAUAUAGCUUAUACCCAAGGGAGAGCAAAAAUACAGUGUACUGGAAUCAUUGGACCUUCUCAGCUCCCUAGCUAAUUUAUUAGUGUAUUGAAGGUCUGACCGUACAAGGCCGACUGUACUUAUUUGGUAGCCCUAGCUGUGAGCAGUAGUGGCUGCUGUUAUGUCAACUUAGGGUGCUGAGAUAAGCAAUCAGCUACAGCCUUCUGCCUUAAGAAUGCACUCUCCUGGGGGUUCCUGGCUAGUUAAGAGCGCUGCCUGCGGUUAGUGACCAAAAUCUUUCUGGAAUGACUUUAAUCUUUAUGUGAAAGCGUAGGUAAGUUAAGGAACGGCGCACCCCUAAAUUGCUGGAUGCCUAAACUUUGGAUUUUCUCUCCCCUUUCACAUCAAUUUCAUGUCUCUUUAGAUAAAACUGACUAGUUUUAUUUAUAAAAUGUUAAAUUCUAGGAGCCUAAAGGAGGAAUCAUUCCAGUAUGCUUAUUUCUUUUUUCUCCUUUAGACUCAGACAUUUAUAUAACAUUGAAACACUUUGAGACUCCUUCUGGUAGUAAAGGAGAUUUAAAAAUAAAAUCAUAGCCAUAAGCGUGUUAGUAUCUUAUAAAGAGAGAACAGUUGUCUUAGUACCUAUGGAUUUUCUUUAUUUGCUUUUUGAGUGAAUCGGCCUUCGUUGUAUUUUGGAGAAUGAAGACUAUUCUUUGGAAUGCCUCUCUAAGACCCACCAGGGAUGCUGAUUUUGUAGUGCACCAAAGCUAUCACUGGGGUGAGAUGUACUAUUUGGACAGAUGGAACCUCAUCCUUUCAAAAACAUUCUUGUUACCAGGGUUUCCUGAGCUGUUAUAGACUCCUGCUGGGCCAACACCACCCCACCUGCAUAGUAUUUUUGUUUCUCUUCACAGUCAUGCAUUGCAUACAUGUAACAACUUCAAAAUGCAUUCUGUGUUCUUAGAAUACAGUGCCCUAAAAUGGUGUUCUUAGUACCUGCAGAAAUUUUGAACUUAUCUCUAAAUUUUUAUUUUAUGAACAGUAAAGUGAAUUAAAGCAUACAACCUUAAAUUUGAUAGCCUACAUUUAAAGUAUUAAGAUUUCUUUGAUUUUUGAUUUGCCAUUCUUACAGGCUUACAAAAACUAUUAGUCUUUCCCUAUUAGUCUUUCUUUCAUGCAAUAAUUGAAUGUACCUCAAAUUUUUAAAGGGUGGGUGGGAUAGGGACUUCCAUUCACAUAUGGAUAAUAAAAUUUAAUAAUGAUUUUUUUAAGGCAAUGUAGCAUUCUAUACCAGGGAUAAACUAUUACCAUGAACAGUCAGCCUAUCUAAAAACUAUUGAUCAAUUGAUAAUUGAUUGGUUGGUUAGUUGGUUGGUUGGGGUGUGUGUGUGUGUGUGUGUGUGUGUGUGUGUGUGAUGCAUGUGUGUGUGUGUUCCUAUGAACUCUUUUUUUAUCCUGUGGCUUUUUUCACUUUCAACUAACCUGACCCUGUGAUUUUUCUAUGUCCAAGAAAACAGUCACAAAACAGUACUUUAAAUACUUUGAUAUAUUUGGGUAACUCUGCUGUCUUAGUGCAGCCUACUAGAGUUGGACAUCCUACACUUGAUCUUAGCCAAAAGGCCAAAAAGCUGUAGAGUUGCACAUCCUGGUAGGAAGUGGAGGGCACUCAAUCAGUCUGUAACUAUCAUAAUGCAACAGGGUGUUUUGAGACCUUUGUUUUCACCUCUUGGCAUACUAUUUUAAAAGCUUGAAUUGUACCCUUCACACAAUUUUCAGUUUGUAUUUCAGAAUGAUCUGUUACAGUUGGUUAUUGCAGAGAGUUUAUUGUCUUAUCAUUCCUAAACUUGGGUCUGCUUUCUACAGUCAUUAUGGUACCGAAACCAUUUGAUUCUUUGUACAGUUUAUCCUGGUGUUCCUUGUAAUGAAGUAGAGGCUCUUUCGCCUUCCCUCCUUUGUUGGCCAUUUUGUAAACCCAUAGCUAUGAAGUGAUUGCUUAAGAAAAUAGCAUAUAAACAUAGACUAGGAUAGACUGACCAGGAUGGUUUACAGUUUCUUUUAAAAUAAAAUAAAAUAAACAAACAAAAAAAAACUAGGUUAUUUAUAAUGUAUUUCUAAACCACUUGGUAGAGAAAUUCAUGACAAUUAAUGUUAAUAUUUUUGAAUAAAUGAAGCUACAAUGUCUGCUUUUGGUACUACACGCAUUAAUAAAAGGUUAAGUUUUGUUCUCCACUGAAAUACUAUUUAACAUCUCAGAAAUUAAAACCUGCAUGUUCUAUAGUUUUAUAUUAAGUCCAUCAUUUCAUAUGCACUGUAUCAAGUAAAAACAGGUAACUUGCCUGUUGAUGAUUAGUGUACUAACAAAUCCACCCACAGCUUCGUGCCGGCAUAUGUAGAUUUGAGUUAACAGCACUUGCAUAUCCCGUGUAGUUCUGUGCACGGCUCACCUGUGUAGAAGCAGCUGGGCACAGAAGAAAGGAGAAUCUGCUGCAUGUGGAAGCUCAACAAGUAGCCUUCUGUUCGUUUAUCCCUUACCCAGGUAAAGGAGCUUCAGUUUCUGUGUACUUGAUUUUUUUAACUUCAGCUGAGCUGCUGUUUCCUCAUGUAAUAUUGUAUACUCGGUUGUGUAUAGAAGAAGCUGGUAAGAGUGCCCUCCUACAUAAAUAAGCAAUUGCAGUGUUUUGCAUGCAAAAUCUAAAACUUUAAAUUGUCCUGAUUCUAUUUUGUAAAUGGAGAAACAAUCAAUCUUUCUAAGCAGUAUGGAGGAAGACUAGUGCUUUGUGCAUUUUUGGUAUAUUUGAGUUCAUGUUUCCACAAUGUCAUUCCCUUCGACACAGUUGGGUUUCUCAUAAGUGCCCUAGUUCAUGUACAUCCGAAUGCUAACUAAUACUGUGUUUAAGUUUUGUGUUGCAAGAACAAAUGGAAUAAACUUGAAUUGUGCUAUAGAGAA